CGUCUGGUAACGUGAGUGCAGAGACCCAAGCAGAGCUCCACGAUGACUUCUUGGUUCAGGAAGGAGACUUGUUGUUGCCGGGUGAUAGGAAUGCAGUGAACGUGGUGUGGUCGGAUGCAACUGUCCCGUAUGUCAUCAGUCCAACUGUAGCUCAUCGAACACCAGAGAUCCUGGAAGCCUUCAGAAUGAUCAUGUCCUCUACGUGUGUUCGCUUCCAGCCGUACACAACUGAAUACAACUACCUCGAAAUCAAGGAUGGAAUAGG